CAGCUAUCGCUCCCACACCGCCGCCGCCGCCGUCGCCUUUGGAGAUAUCUCCCUCCGCAACCAUGGGGAAGAAAAGAGACGAGGAUGGAGAGACCAAAGACAAAAAAAACAGAGCAUCAUGGACCACUGCUCAACUUGACCUGCUCGUUUCUGUGAUGAAAGAGUAUGUAGCUGCUGCUGAAUUUUGUGGUCAGAAUGGAUGGACAAAAGAAGGAUGGAAUUCCAUGGUUAUACGCUUGAAUAAUCAGUUUCAGAGAGCUAACUUUAUUGUUUCUCAACUAAAAUUUAGAGAGCAACGGUUGAAGAAAUAUUAUUUUAUUGUCAAAUCUAUUGUAGAGAAGAGUGGCUUCGGUUUUCAUCCUGUUACAAAAAUGCCAACAACCAUUGAUGAAAAAUGGGAUGAAUUGAGCAAAGAACAACAGAAGUGGAGAUACAAAGCUUUCCCUUACUACGACGAUUUGCAUGCAAUUUAUGAUGGUAUGUUGGUUUCACAUGUUAUGAAUUUACCACAUGAUCUUGCAUGCUUUUAGUUUACAAUCUAUUCCUCUGUACCCAGGUAAAACAGCAGAGGGGAAGGGUUGUAAGAGGACAACUGACAUGGACGAAUUGAUUAUUAA